AUGGCUUCGUCCACCAUUUCCCUGCAACCUCUGACAUCGGGCCCGCAGUUCAACUGGUACUUCUUAGUGGAACUGAUUGUCUGCGGAAUUCUCGCCCUAUUCUUUCUUUUCUACUUUAACCGCCUAUUUGCGACUCUAGUUUCCUACGGAAUUCGAGCAUACACAUGGCACUACCACCGGGCUUACGUCGACAUCCAAGCAAUUCAAAUUUCGUUACUAGCUGGGAGGGUCUUCUUCAAAGGGAUACGGUAUCAUGGGGUCAAUGAAACAGUCUUGAUUCAGGGAGGCUACGUGACAUGGAACUAUUGGAAACGCGCAGUGAGAAGCGUGCACCUUGCGCCGAAGCAAGUCUCGACCCAGCUCGAUGGCGAUGCAGACUCCAAAUCUGCAAGCGAUAAUACUUCAAAUCAAGGCGCAGAUGAAACCGGCGGCGUUAAAGCAGAAGACCGUCUUCCUUGUCGGCUAACCCUUACACUGUUCGGACUGGAAUGGUUUCUUUACAAUCGAACGCCGGCCUAUGAUGAUAUCCUCUCUGGUUUCACCGGCGCCGCCGGCGCCAACCAAGGCGAAGACGCGCAAGAUGAAAUUCCGCAAGCAAGAUCAAGUAGCCGAGAGAACUCACCCAAUGGUGUUCCAUCUAGGUUUGGGCGAACGCUGAGCGAAAAAUCAGCGUCCACUGGUUCAAGUUCACGAUCAUCGUCUACAGGCAGCAUUACUUCCCUAAACGCCGAAGCACUUGAAUCUGCUUCUACCUUCCUCAAUUUGUUACCUAUUCAAAUAGAAUGCACAAAGGGGGCAAUUGUGGCAGGUAACGAGAACACCAGAUCUCUAAUGACAAUAAUGUUCGAGAAAGGGACCGGGUGUGUUGAUGCUACCGAUGCUGGGCCUCUUGAUCUCUAUCGCCAACUCAUUUCUUUGCAAUUCUCCCGCCCAGUCAUUCAAUUGCGACCGAAUCCGGACUUUAGGCAAGACCAGCACUCUGCAGCCCGUAACCUAGGGUCGCUCCAAGCCGAAGAAUCUGAACGGAAAGCAAAAAGGAGUCGCUUUAUCGAUUACCAACGCAGAAAGCGCCAAGCCUGGCACACUCUUCGAGAUCUGGUUCCUUACUUUCAGAAAUCGGUCGAGUCAUUCCACGACAAGGGAACAAAUACUACGUCUACUAGCCAGACCGGCCUGCCCCUUGAUAAUCGAUGGGUGGGCCUUACUCGCUACCUAGACGAGACAAUAGAUGACCAUGAAGGCUGGAAUGCUGUGGAAUAUGGUAGAUACUCUACCAUUUUGGAUUGCCCCUCACUCACUUUGACGUAUUAUUGGGAUAUCCCAGGGAGGGUCCCCUCGGAAGAUGAUGGUCCUUCUUCAUCCAUACAUAAAUUAUCCGGAGAUAUCAACGGCAGCAGUCCACCUGCAUGGGGCAUAGACUUGAAAAUUGAAAAGGGCACUAUCAACUAUGGCCCGUGGGCUGACCGCGAGCGUGUUGGUUUACAGAAUGUCUUUUUCCCAAACAACUUCCGAAGCGCCCAUCCUGCCCAGCCGCUGAUACCUGGAAGUUCGAGGCAAAGCACGAAACUCAAAAUUCGGGUGGAAACAAGUGACGAAACCACCUUGAGAAUUCCAAUUCGUGAAGAAUCAAAAGACUGGCAAUGGAAAGGGCGCGCAAAUGCCAUACGUGGUGUAUCCAAACUAAAGAAGCAAAAGCAGAAGAGGCAAGGGAGAGGCAAGAAUAGUGAAAAAGGCAAAGUUGGGCCGGAGAUUCGUCCAUUUGGCUGGCUUACUCUCCGGGUUUCGCAAGACUCAACAAUAACCUAUGAGAUGGACAUGGUUGCGUCGAAAACUGGGUUCUUUAAUCAGCUUUCCAUGGAUUUACGUGACUGCAAGUUAUCCUCAAGCGUCAAUCACGGUUUGCUCUGGCAAAGCCCACGACAAAUAAUCACCUGCGACCUCUCCAACCCUUUGGUCUGGAACAGUCUUCACACAUGGUCUUUUACCGUUGUCAGCCAUGAACUGCAAUUAUUCUUAUUAAGAGACCAUACUUUUCUUCUUACGGACUUGGUCAGUGACUGGUUAUCAAACUCGUCUUCGGAAUUUUAUACAUUCGUGCCUUAUGUGUACAAGUUAAAGCUUUUUUUCACCGACGUUGGUUUGUAUCUGAACCUCAACGACUCGAACGUCAUCAACAACCCUUCAGAUUUGGACGACAACACCUUUAUUGUGAUCAAAGGGUCCCAUCUGAGUUCAGAAGUUGGGAUAAACUCGGACACUUUUAGACCCGAAAAAAGUUUGAUCAAUUUCAAUCUUGACCUGGUAGACGGGGUUGUCGACCUUUUAACCCCCAUAUGGCAUACGCUACAUACAUUUCUCAAAGAUAGUUCACUGGGUAGCUUGUCAAAGUUGAGCCUGGAUGGAAAUUAUACUCUCAAUGCUGAAACGUCGCCAACCCUGACCGACUCUCUUAUGAUGAAUAUCACCGCAGAGUCUCCCAGAUGCUAUCUCUAUGGGUUUUUGAUCAAAUAUUUCAUGAAAAUUAGGGAAAACUAUUUUGCCGAAAACAUGCAUUUUCGAACCUUGGAAGAAUUUCAGGAAUCCGCAAAUUCAACGGAACACGGAGACGGAAAUGCUGCAGUCAAUCCGAAUAAAAAGACCAACGACCUGGAUAUAAUGAUCAACUUAUCGAUUGACCAACCCUACGCACUUCUACCUACGAAUAUAUAUGAUCAUUCCAAAUGCCUCCGACUAACAGCUGCAUCCCUUGAUGUUGAUCUUCGCUUCACGAACUAUUAUAUGGACUUGCAAGCUAGCUUGACCCCUACCGAGGUAGCCUUGGAGUCUCUCAACACAGAUGGCGCUCCAUUUAUUUCAAACACCCAACUCUUUGUCGACGGCAUUUCUGUUUAUGGUCACCGGUUGUUUGGCCUUCCACCAACCGAGCCAACAUAUGUGUGUAAUUGGGAUUUUGAUGUGGGAAAAAUCGUGGGCGAAUGUAAUCCAGAUUUCAUACAAUCUGCCGCAUCAGCGUUUCGGAACCUGGAUUUCACUUUUGACGACGAAGAAAAUGCUCUCCCUCCACUACACACGCAAAUUCUACAUGAUGUGACUUUCCUACGCGCAAAAAUUGGUUCUAUCCACCUGUCAAUUUUAGUAGACCAAGUUGCAUUGAUACUAGGCCUCGGUGGCAUCAAACUUGACUUCAAUGACUGGUCUCGGUUCCGGUUUUCCAAGCGCCUAUCUCUGGAAAUUCCGAAUAUAGUCUUAUCUGCAAUAGAUCGCAAAUCUGCUGCUAGGAGACAGAAAGGAUCGAGCCAUGUCACGACUUAUGCCCUAUUUGAGACAAGUCUGGACUUGUCAAUGCUACAGCAGAUGCCAAACCUCCUUGAAGACCGUAAGUUUCAGCAAGAUCAUAUUCGAGCGCAUGAUGAAAGAACAAGCCGUACACCUUGGCUACUACUCGACCCACAUAUCAACCAUACAUACAAUUUCAAAAUAAACAAUACCAACCCACCUGCUAUGAUACUACCAUCAAUGCCAGAACCUAUUGUCGGACUCAUAGACCAUGAUGGGCCAUACAGUGUUGCAACCAGAGAGUACAAAGGCUUAAACCACAAGAGCUCUUUUCUGUCUUUUGACAACUCAAGCCUACACAGCCGCAGGAAGGAUGAUGUUCUCGGAAGUGUAUCAGAAUCAAGAAGCCAACGUUCAGAUGUGAGGUCAAAAAGCUAUUCCCACGACGCUGAGAAUUUGCAACGGCCUCUUCGACGAGAAGAUAACAAAAGCUAUCAUAAGGAUCAUGACGAAUGGCAUAAUACCCAGCGAAUAACAAGUGGACUUUCGAGCUUCUGGGCUCUUCCGCAUUUCAAUUACCACCAGGUGACCCCUGACUCAACCCACCUCCCUAACCUGCCAGAUUUGGCACCCGAAAAGGAGGUCACUUGGGAAGGCGAUGAUUACACCAAGGCCUUCAAUGACCAACAAGCUGCUCAUACUGAUAUUUUUUGCACACUUAAACCUGGGAUACGAGGAUUUUCUACCCCCGAGUUUCUUCAUUCAUUAUCUUCAUUGGUCAAUGGGCUCAAGGCUAGCGACCCGGUUGACAUGAUUGAUUCUUUACAAACUGAGGUUAUCUCGGACAUUGUAAAACACGAGAAAUCCAAAAAGAAGAAGCCGAAAUCGUCGACGAGCUUUUCUAUUCGCAUCCCAUCUGCUGUAUUCAGCCUUCUCAAUUGGCAAGAGUCACAUGAAACAAGUUCGACAUAUACUUCCCAAGACGAGUACAAAGUGUCGUGCAUACGGGUGAAAGCUACUCUUCGAACGCAAUCAGAGAGACGGGAACAUGAUUUGAUAAAAGACAGCGCAAUUAACACGACAGUCCACUCCGCUGCUGAAAUGAUUUCCGUUACAGCUCUCGGAAGACAAGCUGAUGCAUUCCACGACCAAGCCGAACUCACAUGUUCUUUGAGAGACAUCGUAUUCUGGUCUACAAGUGCUAUCGGGGUGCGAUCCCAUCUGCAAAUGCGUUCAUUUGAGACAUUGACAUCAUCUAAAUCAGUUGCGCCUCUCGCUCUCCUUGUAAAACGCACCACAACUUUGGCAGACUCCAUCGCAGCCUCUUUCCAAGAGGUACCAUCUACAAUUGAUCGCCUGCGCUACGUGGUGUGGUCACUCACAGAUUCUGCCGUGGGUAUGCCAGAUUCAUUGUUUCUUACUCGCCCGGCGUACGUGUUGCGUGUUUCACAGUCUCAUCUACGACUUCACGAAUCGUGGAAGAUCAUAUCUCGGUUGCGGAGUAUUUACAAGAACUUGUCACCAGACCAACAGCGUGCGCUGAAAACAAGUUGUAUUGAUUUGGGUUACCUCUGUCCAGCCAGUGCCAAAGAGAGGGUUUUGAAGAACUUUAAUGAAUGGCGCCCUUGGGAUCUCGCACAUGUCGAAAAGAGCCACGCAAUGAAGGUGAUUUGGGGCAAUCUAACAGAAUCUCCCGCGGCGAAUUUAGAUACUCAGUCGACAUUCUCGUGCAAUACUCGGUCCCUGAGCUUUGUCAUUGACCCUGGUCCAAAACAAAACGAUAUUAUGCUAAACGGUAUCUCGGUUGUGUUUGCCUCUUCCUCAGCUGCAGCCUUUGUGAAUGAGAUCGAUCCCCCAAAGAUCAAGAAAACACAUUCAAUCCGCAUUUACUGCGCAAAUUCCGCACUGCGCCUCCGCUGGGAGAUCCUCGAUCUUGUUGAAGAAGUUACAAAAACGAUGUCUAACAUUCAACUCGCCUCCGCAUCAGUUAGCCAAGUUCCGCAGAAUCAGGAUCAGAGCGUAUCAGAAGUACAUAUCUUCGUUGGCACGGACGAGGGAUCUAUCAGCUUGGACGGAAUAAACUUGGCAUUAUACCUAUCUGGAUACGGUCUCAAAGGCUCCUUCGCUCUCAGCCCGCGCUAUGGUGAACAGAAAGAGCAGAUGACUGUUCUUCUUAGUGCCAAUGAUUGCUCUACAAAAUUUUUAAACCGCUCAAAAGUUCUAAUGCUGUGGGAGAUUUGGCAACCUCAUAUUUACGGCUCUCGCAUAACAAACUCGAACUCGGAGAGCACCAUUCAUGAUUGGAAACUGGCUUGCUCUUGCCGAAAUUUUGUCUAUGAUAUGCGAGACGAUCCACUCGGUCUGAUUCAUGCUGCUGAUCAAGUUGUGGAAGAUGAGAUCCGAUAUGUUCUGAACCUUAUUAAACGGCUUGACGUGAACAAGACAGCUGAGUUAUCGCCCGCGGUUAUUGACCAGCCCAAAGGAAAUCCUGAAACACACCAAUUCCAUGUUGCUUUGUUCUUGGAUGAUUAUCAACUUAAUUUCCGUCUGCUUCCUGCACUGACAUACAUUAUUGAUGGGAAAGUAGCUCGCAUGUCUGUUCUGUCUGAGAAUGAUAGCGGAAUCGAGGUCGAUUUUGACGUCAAAAGCAACCACCACAGUUUCCGCAGGGUGGAAGAGGCACGUUCCGAGUCUGUAUCUGACAUUGAUAUACCCCCUAUUAAUGGACGUGUUGUUGGUAAAAUGCUCCCUCAGGUCGUUUCUCUCAAGGCAGAUGUCACAGUUGAGCUUGUCAAGCUGGAGGCCAGUUCAUUACGCAGCUUGUUGAGUGCCUUCACACGCCCUGAAACAAGCCAUUUUAUCUCGGAUUGUACAGAUAGUCUGAGUGAGCUCCGUCUUCAUUUGGAUGAUGUAUUGGCCAAAGAAAAAGCUAUGCCACAUUCUCCAGUCAGUUCCCGCAGUGGCUCUCCAAGUCGCGAGAUGCUAUACAAUGUGCGUCUUACAAUGGCGGGUUGGGAGAUACAUGCUCGUGCUCCUGGGCUCAAGGAAAAGGGCUACUGGGCAGAUAUGGUUUUCAUCCUUGGAUCAACGCAGUUACGAUUGGAUACGUCCGAGCAAAGUUACGACUCCAGCUAUCCCGACUUCCACGUUAAUGUAUCUCAAAUUGGACUUGAGCUGAAGAAGCGGAGCAAGUCACAUGCUCAACAGUAUGGUAAACUCGCCCUGGACAUCGGCCUGCUUGCUACGUCAAGGCUCAACGAACGAAACGAAGUGGUACGGACCAUUAGUCUGACUAGCAAGGGGUUAGAUGUACAGCUAUACGCCGCAACAGUAUCCCUGGUCAUUGAUAUUGCAGCACAACUACAGGACCGUAUCAAAAAACUGGACCUAUCAGAAGAUAUGAAACGGUUCAGACACCUGGGUCGCCUGGCAAGGCCACGCAACCAAGGGACCGAAAAUCAAGUGCCUCGGUUGAGCAUAACGGAUACAGAUAACCCUCAAUCGUCGGCUGUUUUUGAGGCAAUAUAUUUAGUGGAGCUAUCGAGCAUCCAGCUUAGCUGGAUAAUGGACACCAAUAGCUCUCCGAAACCUGGAAAUGAGGCAGAGGACUUGGUAUUUUCAAUCAGGCGCGUUAGCUUCUCCACGUCCAGAGACAAUUCUGCGAAACUCCGCAUUCAAGACACACAACUCCAGAUGGUACCGAAGUUCGAAGACAAAAGAAAGCGAUCAUUGAACUCGGCUUUGAUGCCUGAGAUUGUUUUCAAUGUGGCGUAUCUCUCAACAAAAGAUGACCUACGACUUGCAUUUCAAGCGGCAGGAAAGUCCCUUGACAUUCGCGCAACUACAGAAUUCAUCCUACCGGCCAGGAUGCUGCAGAGUUCGAUUGCCUCUGCAGCAGAGAGGCUGCGCGAGGCAAACUCAAUGUGGGCCACGUCACCAUCACCAUCACAAACAGCUAGCAGGAAUUCCUUGUUUGGCAACAAAAGACCAUCUUCUGUGCUGGUUGAUGUGGAUUUUGCUGGAGCAAUUGUCACUUUACUGGGCCGGCAACUCGAUGAUCAGCAAACUGUACUGGCUGCAAAAGCAAGAGGAGGCCAGCGUUCCGAAAGCAAAUAUGGCCAUUACACACAAGGUGACUCUACAACAACUGCAUCCCUCACUAGUCCGGGUGUUGCUCUCAAGGUGCAGUAUGGCGAUAGCGGUGUCGACGAUCCCACAUUGAAUGCCGAACUGCGAGUGAACCCUUCGAGCAACACAUUAUACCCUACGGUAGUCCCGUUGAUAAAACAAAUAUCGUCUUCUGUCAAGGAGGCCGUGGGAAAACAGGAAGAAACAGGAACAUCGUCCUCGGGGAUGUUACAGACGAAGAAGCUUGAAGAUAGUUCAUUUGAUGCGACUAACCCCGAAAGUAUCCUUGGCCGCUGCAAGCUCAACAUCGGUCUACGGAUCUGUAAACAAGAGUUUGGUCUUAGUUGCCAGCCUAUUGCCAGGGUUGCGGCUACGGCCAAGUUUGAGGACAUUUAUGUGACUAUCAACACGGUGCAGUCAGCCGAGCACCGUCGCUUCUUUGCUAUUCUCAUUGCGUGCAACUCACUUCAAGUGUCGGUGAAACAUGUGUAUUCGAACGAGUCAACUGCCAGCUUCGAGGUUCAGUCGAUGGUAAUGUCGUUCAUGAACAGCAAACAUGUGAGCACGACAAGUGGGAUUUCUGCUAUUCUCAAAGUGAGCCCGAUGAAGAUGAUCAUCAAUGCCAAGCAAGUCCAAGACUUCUUAUUGUUCCGAGAGAUCUGGGUUCCAUCUGACGACGAUCUACCUUUUGCGAAAACGGGAGCAACUCCCACACCGACCCCAGCCGAGUCUCAGGCGCUGAUGAUGCAACGAUAUCAGCAAGUUGCUUCAGCUGGUGCGUUUCCAUGGAACACAGCUAUCUCGAUUGAUGAGUUGGACAUACAGCUGGACCUGGGACAGACACUUGGCAGGGCUGAGUUUGUGAUCAAGGAACUAUGGGUUUCAUCCAAGAAAGCAUCGGACUGGGAACAGAACUUAUGCGGCGGUUUCAAAGUCAUGUCAAUUGAGAGUAAAGGGCGAAUGAGUGGCUCGGUGGCACUGGAGAAGAUGAAAAUACGGACAUCUAUCAGAUGGCCCGAGGAAAGCCCAACGUCAGGACAAACGCCACUAAUUCAAGCAUCUCUUGGGUUUUCCCAGCUGCAGGCCAAUACAUCUUUUGAAUACCAGCCAUUCCUGGUUGCCGAUAUUGUCGCCUUUGACUUUCUCAUGUACAAUGUCCGCACUACGUCGCAGCCUUCCCAGGAUCGCCUUGUCAGUAUACUGGAGGGUGAAAAGGUCCAGGUAUUUUGUACAACUUUGACGGCUUCUCAGUCUCUAGCCCUCUAUCAGACCUGGUUCAGGUUUGCGCAAGACAAGUACGCGGCGUACGAGAGUUCGUUGAAAGAGAUUGAAAAGUUUUUCCGCCGCAAAUCCUCUGUUCUCAACCCGAGUGCAGAAAGCUCGGCAAUUCCACAAUUCAAGACGCAAGAAGAAGAGGUUGAGAAAUCAUCGAUAUCGUUGCACACGGAUGUUGUAGUGACGAUAAGAGAAAUCAACGUCGGUGCAUUCCCGAGCACAUUUUACGACAACCAGAUCUUCAAAAUGGAGGCACUCGAUGCCCAGGCUCGUUUUGCGGUGUCGCUAAAAGAUGACAGGAUACAUAGCUCUCUGGGACUUACUCUCGGCCAGCUCCGCGUUGCAUUGUCAAGCAUCAACCGUCCAACUGCAAUUGAGAUGGAAGAGCUUUCUGUUGGCGAAGUAGCAGCUCGUGCAACCGGAUCUCGCGGCGGCACAAUAUUGAAAGUGCCGCGCGUCGUUGCAAGUAUGGAAACGUGGCAGGACGUGGGAUCGUACGAGAUUGACUACAUAUUCAAGAGCGCUUUCGAAGGCAAGGUGGAUGUCGGAUGGAACUACUCUCGCAUCAGCUUCAUUCGCGGCAUGUGGUCGACGCAUUCUCGAGCUCUGGCUAGUCGUCUAGGAAAGCCCUUGCCGCCGUCUGCUGUUCGCAUCACCGGUGGCCCAAAGCCCGAGGGCGAGGAGGAUCAGGAAGAUACAGAAGACGAGGAGCAGCAGAAGAAGAUGACUGAGGGCGAGAAGAUCACAGCGGUUGUGAAUGUUCCUCAGUCCAAGUACACAUACCGAGCUCUCGAGCCAGCCUUGAUCGAGACCCCCCAGCUACGAGACAUGGGAGACGCGACUCCGCCGCUCGAGUGGAUUGGCCUGAACCGUGACAAGCUGCCCAACAUCACGCAUCAAAUCAUUAUUGUUACGCUGUCGGAGAUUGCUAAAGAGGUGGCGGAUGCAUAUACCAAGAUUCUGGGAUGA